GAUGCAUCGUCAUCGAACGAAGCAGUUCAUCUGCAGCAGAGAUUGCGCAGUCUCAGUUCGGAAUUGGUGACGCUCAGGAAUCGUCUGCAUGUGACGGGGGGCGGCGCUCCGCCGAGCGCCCCCCUCAAUGGACAUUCCCUUGCAGCCUAUCAACAAGAACUGAGCAAAGGCACCGUUGGAAUGAUGAGACACAGUGUGUGUGCCGAAGUGCAGGACCUCAUCCACUUGCCUGGACCUCUCACCGAAGACGCUGUCCUCAGAACACUUCAUGCCCGGUUCUUCAACAGAGAGUAUUUUACAAACGUAGGUCCUAUUCUCUUGUCCGUAAACCCGUACCAGGACGUGGGCAACCCUCUCACGCUGAGCAGCGCUCACGCAGCGUCACGUUGUCCGCAGUUGCUCAGAGUGGUUCACGAGGCGGUCCGGCAACAAAGCGAAACCGGAUAUCCUCAAGCCAUCAUACUCAGCGGAGAGAGUGGUAGCGGCAAGACUUAUUCCUCGAUGCUUCUUCUCAGGCAACUCUUCGACGUGGCCGGGGGUGGACCCGAGACGGACGCCUUCAAGCAUCUGGCCGCAGCUUUCACUGUCUUGAGGUCAUUGGGCAGUGCCAAAACGGCGAACAAUUCCGAAUCUAGUCGAAUCGGUCACUUCAUCGAAGUGCAAGUGACUGACGGAGCGCUUUACAGGACGAAAAUCCACUGCUAUUUUUUGGAUCAGACCCGGGUUAUACGGCUCCUUCCAAAUGAAAAGAAUUAUCAUAUUUUUUACCAAAUGCUCGCCGGCCUUACCCAGGAAGAGCGUGCUCAACUUAGUCUCGCUGGUUACUCUUUACACAACCUCUGCUACCUAAACCAAGGAGAUGUCAGCCAAAACGAGACCGAAGAUGCUUCCAGGUUCGAAGCGUGGAAGUCUUGCCUUUCAGUAUUAGGUAUUCCUUCCAUGGACGUGGUCAGGGUGCUGGCAGCCAUUUUGCUGCUGGGAAACAUUCAGUUUGUGGAUGGAGCAGGAAUGGAAGUGGACAUAAAGGGUGGAAAUGCCGAGAUGAAGGCCGUGGCAACUUUGCUCGGCGUGUCCAGUGUAGCUCUUUUCCGAGGACUGACCACUCGCACCCACAACGUCAGAGGACAGUUAGUCAAGUCUGUUUGUGAUGCCAAUCUUGCUACAACCACACGGGAUGCUCUCUCCAAAGCUCUGUAUUGCCGAACCGUGGCAACUAUCGUUCGCCGAGCCAACAGCCUCAAGAGGCUCGGGUCGACCUCAGGGACACUUAGCUCAGAUAGCAACGAAUCGGUUCACAAUCAGACGGAAAACAGUAGUCAACACGCAUCGACGAUGGGAUCCGGUGGCGUGAAAGCGUCCAAAUCGAUGACAGUGCUCAAUUCUGCAGUGAGGCAUGCCACCGACGGCUUCAUAGGCAUUUUGGACAUGUUCGGAUUUGAAGCCAGCAAACCCAGUCAUCUGGAGCAUCUCUGCAUCAAUCUGUGUGCGGAAACUCUCCAGCAUUUCUACAACACCCACGUAUUUAAAAGCAGUAUCGAGUCUUGCAGGGAAGAAGGUGUACAGAGUGAUCUUCAAGUGGAUUACGUCGACAACGUACCUUGCAUUGACCUCAUUUCCUCUCUGAGAACGGGUUUGCUGAGCAUGCUGGACGUCGAAUGUUCAGUCAGAGGCACGCCGGAUAGUUAUCUCAAAAAGGUUUUAGUUCAACAUCAUAAUAGCCCAAGAUUCUAUGAGCCCAAACCCUCCGACAGUCGAAUUUUCGGAAUCAGGCACUUCGCUGGACGUGUGCCUUACGACACAACCCACUUCCUGGAGACAAACAGAGAUGUCGUUCCGGAUGAUAUCGUGUCCGUGUUCCACAAAUCUGCUUGUAAUUUUGGUUUUGCGACACAUCUGUUUGGAAGCGAGUUAAAAGCCCUCUAUUCCCAAGAAACUGUACCCCGGGGUGUCUCUUUUAGGAUAUCUCCAACUGCUCACACUGAUUUGCAAAAUGGCGAUGAACCAGUAUCAACUCUCACUCAGGAUUUUCAUAGUCGUUUAGAUAAUCUUCUUAGAACUUUGGUUCAUGCGAAGCCUCAUUUCAUCCGAUGUAUAAAAGCAAAUAGCAACGAGCAACCAAGUCAUUUCGACCGGGGAGCUGUCGUUCAGCAGAUACGGGCUUUACAAGUUCUGGAAACAGUUAAUUUGAUGGCGGGCGGUUUUCCUCAUCGAAUGCGGUUUAAAGCGUUCAACAUACGGUAUCGCCUGAUCGCUCCAUUCAAAAAAUUAAAAAGGACAGAUGAUAAAGCCAUCGAAGACUGCAAGUUGAUUUUGGAGUGUUUCAUGGCUGUCACCGAGAAUUGUCGAGUUUCAAAUGCAUCCACCGCCUGGGCCAUGGGCAAAAGGCACAUUUUCCUGAGCGAAGGGUCGCGUCAGCAGUUGGAAUUGCUGCGAGUGGAGAGGCGACACAACGCUGCCAUCCUCAUCCAGGCAGUGUGGAGGGGAUGGAACUUCAGGAGAAAGCGGUGGCCCACACUGAAACGCAAUCUGCACAUGCAAGCGAGAGCGCGGAUUAACAGGCCUCGCCCCCAACCGAUUGCUGGAACUCCUCCCCCCGACCUGGAGAGAUGCGACCAGAAGACAAUCCAGCAAACGUGUUCUCUUUUCGGGCUGGACCUGGAGAGACCCCCACCCGUCCCCCCUAGUAGGUCUUACACUGUCACGGGUAAUACGAAAAUGGGCUAUCCUCAAGCCAGAGUCAUGAAAAUGAAUUAUCCAGAGGACAACAGUGGUGAAGUGACAUUGCUCAAAGGAGAAACGGUGAUCGUUGUGAGGGCAUCACCGCGUCGUGGCCACCUGGUGGUGGAACACAAAAACCACACCAUCCACGUACCGUACCAGUUCUUAGAGUUGAAACCUUCAGAAGGUGUCAAUAUAUGACAUUCCAAUCUUGUGUGCCUGGAAUAAAUUCUAUCUUGCCUACAUACUCAACUGGCAAGCAGGCAAUGAGUAGAGUGGUCAGACCCACUUAAGCAGCUAUAAGCAUCUAUGGAGUUCUAAUACUUUAGUCGAAUAAUAUUGAGCUAAAAUCUGAUUUUCGGAUCUAGGGAAAUGUUUCUUUUAUUUAAUAGUAAAUGUAUGAAAUAUUUCGUGUCAGUGAAAAGAAAGCAAAGUAUUUCGGAUUUUUCUCUCACCGUAAGAUAUUUUGAUCUCAUGAGUCUACAUAAUAGUCAGUUUCGUUUUUCACGUGUAAAAAUCUACCGUAUUCCCUCACGUAUUUUACCCCUAGCAUUUUAGCACCAGGUUAUGAAAAUAUUAAAAAAGUAUUCUUGUCAUUUUCCCCUUUCUCAGUGCGUUCAGAGAACGAUCUGCCUUAAAUUUAAAAAUAGAUUCGCCCACGUAGUGAUAAUUUACGUUUUACUAGCAAAGACAAACCCUCGCAAGCUGCCUGCGAAAGUUACGCCGAAUCUUUCCCUUCUAAAUAUUGUUCUUUAUGCCAGCGUAAUACAAGAAUUCUUCAUAGCAAAGCAAACGCGAAUUGACAUCCAGUCUACCAUUUCGCGGAGUCGGCUGCCCAUUCAUCUCUUCCUAUUGUUUAUAGAUAAUUUGAGGUCUGAGGUGUGGCAGGGACAACAGCAAGAAAGGGCGAGAUUACAGGAAGAAGUAGAAAUGAAGCUAUCUUAUUAAGAUAUCGAAAUGUUAAUAUUACUUUGUCUUGUUUUUGGAAUGCGCUUCCCUUUAAAGAAAUGAUAUUGUGCUAGUUAUCGGGCAGGUGCAUAACCGUAAAGUACCCAAGUGUGAUUAAGAAAUAAGACAAUUGAAACGUCACACAGUAUUUUAAUAGUUGGAACAUGUGGCCCUUAUUUACUGCUAAUUUCGAUAAGAACAAAGGGAGGGAAGUGGAUAAAGCAAGGAUGAAAUGCUAAGAGGUUAAAAAGUGUAUUUCAUAUAAAAUCGAAUGGUUUUCCUCGUGAAUUAUACGGGUAAUAUUAUAAAAUAACAUGUAUCACUAUUAAUACUUGUAUUUAAUAAUUUAUAUUUUAUUUAUAAGAAAAUGGUAUAUAGUUUUUGGUAUAUAGUUUCGCAAUCAAAGAGUGCACAAAAAAGCUCUUACUGUUCUCGUUAUUCGUGCUAUACUUUCAAGUAUCAAAAGAAGGAUUAUUUUACCUCAAUAAAGGAAUUUAGCUCUUGAAUUGUUAUAAAAUGACAAACAUCAUUCAUCAACAGAACUUGAACCACAUAACGAAGUAAUAUCUGAACAUAGAUUGAAUGUAAUAAAAGUUCUUAAGAGCUUACUGACCUCAUACGAGGUGGCGCUUUAUUAUUUAUAUACGGCAAGAACCAGAAGAGAAGAAUAAAAAUUAUUAUUUUGUUCAUAAAGAAAAUAAGUUAGCUUUUGAACUCAAUAAUUGUUUUAAAAUAACAGACACCAUCGUCAACAGAACCUGAACUGAUUUUUCUUCAUUUAAAAGACAAAUUCACAUCCUAAUUAAGCAUCGAAUAUGUGAAAAUAAAAUUCUUUACUGCCGUUUAAGCUAGGUGGCGCUUUCUAUCUCUGUUUGUAUUGUUUAUUUUCGGAGAAGUAGAACAUUUAAGCUACUUUUAGCUUUGAAAAUAACAUCUCAGGUAUGUUUUAGUAAUUAUUGAAGCACAAUUAAUGUUUCGUCAUGAAAGAAUAUAUGAGAGAUUUAGAAAAGUGCGAGUAAUUUUUAUUAUAAAUUAGAUUAUAAUUUAAAAAAACAGCAGCUUAUUAUUUGUUAUUGUGAACAGAACUGUCAUAUGAUUUCUGUUUUAGCAUUAAAAAAAAAUUAUUAAGGAGAGGAUUGAGGAAUCGUAACAAAUUAAUUGGUGUAAAAAAGCAUUAAAAAAUACAAAAAGGCGAACCAUUUGGAGAUAGAUGCUAUCAGCUGCUUAUGUUGGUAAUCUUAUAUUUCAUCCAUUUUCAUGAUAACUCAGGGUUUCACAGUCAUCUGUGUUUGGAUACACAUAUCUUUUGUAGAACAAAAGGAAAUAUUUUCUCUCAUCAUCGGGUACUCAUUCAGUGGUUGCAAAGUCCCCCCUUCAUUUUUUUUUUUUUUUUUCUUUUUAAUCAUUAGUACAAAUGUCAUUAUUGAGUAAGAUAUUAUUUGCUCGUGCUAUAUUUGGUUAUUUCAUACUGUUUUUAUACACAGUUUCGGUACGUUUGUUAAAGCUCAUGUAGUAUUUUACUUGAUACUCUGCAUUUAGUUUAUUAUUUAAAAUAGAAAUAUCCAAUUUAACUGUUACUAUAUCAAAAUCGACUUAGGAGCAAAUCUUAAAAUUAUGUGCAAAGUUUUUAAAUGAACUCAGGAAAAGAAACUUUUAUGUAAAAUUGUCAAAAUUCUGUUUACGCCUUUUCUCUUAUUUAUCAAAAAUCUUUUAAUUAUUUUCCAUAAGUAUGUAACUGUUUAUUAUUCUUAUUGAUGCUUUCGUAUUAGCACAACCACCUUAGCAGAAAUUGCCGAAAUCUGGCAACCUGGAGCGUAACGGCAACCGUACGGCAACCAGACUUUGGUUUUAGCAAGUAACGUAUUUCGUAUGAGUUAUGGCAUUCUUGUUCCAAGUUUCGACAAUUUUUAUAGACAAACUGUGAUGUAUUUUUUAUGAAAAUCAAAUUAGAAUAUGUUUUAGUAAGAUUUGUCUGUACUGAAAGAAUUAAUGUUAAAAUUUCUGGAGGAAAGCAGUAUUUUGCUAUAUAAUCGCCAAAUAGAACGAUUGUUUUAUCUUUAACGAUUGUUACGAAAUUUCUACCAAGAACAGAAGAAACAAGAACCCGUUUGUAAGUAGGUUUACUCAUUCAUUUUUAGGUGAAUUAUAAUAUUCGAAAUGGUAUAUUUGUAUGUAAUAGGUAAUUCAUUAAAAUUAAGUCGUUAGUCUUUUUUCGUCUUUUAAAAAAGUCGCCAAAUUGCGCCAAGGUGGUUGCACUAAUACAUAAAUAUCCUUUAUUAAAAUGCUUAUCUUUAUUUCCCAAAUGUUUUGAAAUUUUUGUUCAUUAGAUUCAUUUUAAAUAUGACCGAAGGAAAGUAGUCAGAAAUUUUGUAUUUUUCCAUGAUGUUCAUAAUUUACUGAACUUUCAAACGUUGAAUUCAUGAAAAUAUUUAUGAAUUUUAACAUCUUAUAUGCUGUGUACAAUUUCCUAUGGAUUAUGUCUUUGUUCGAAGACACUGUUUUGUUUCUGAAUGAAUGGAAUUGCAUCGAAAUGAAUUUGUCCAAAGUUUACUUUAUGAUGUGUUGAAACUGUUCUAUACAAUGUUUUCCUGGUGAAUCUCACUUGUUUUUCACCCAGCACAUAUUUUUUCUAAAUAAAAUAUUUGAAAUUUUCUAAUGUACAUUUUUAAGAAACUAUGAAGUUAUCCUAUUUGUUAGUGUAUAUUUACGGCUGAGUAUAAAAGCGUAUAUUUUACUUCUAUUUUAUGUACAAGCAUUUUUCUUUUUUUUUUUUUUUUUUUUUUUUUUUUUAUUAUUAUUCGUAUAUGUUCUUGUGGGAGAAGAAUUUUGUAUGUACCUACCUCACAACACUUCAAAAACGUUUUAUAUCUUUUCCAAACUAUCAUGCUUAUUCUUAUAAUUUAGAACGUACUAUGAUCUAAAAUUUCAAAUUAAUGAUAGAAUAUCGUAUCUGAGAAGAAGUUAAGCAUUUUAGAUGUAAAGACUUUACAGAUGCUACGAAUAAAAUAUGUAUCUGAAAUUAAACGUCAAAAUACAUAAAAUAAGAUAUCAGUAUAUAUUAGAUACCAUCAUGUAAUGUUUAAAGAUGUGUUUAAUAUUUAACGGGAAUUAAUUUUUAAGAUGAGAAUCUGCAUUCCAUUAUUAUGCAUAAUCAAAAAACUAUUUUAUUAUUUUAUUUUUAAAUGAUUUUAACUUCAAAGAAUUUUUAAAUUUUUAUUAGAAGAUAAAAAUCUCGAUUUUUUAAAUAUUAUAUGCAUAAUAAUAAUGCACACUUUUGCAAAAACCUAAGUUUAUUAAAUCUGUUACAAAAGUACUGUUAUAAACGCAAUGUGCUAUAGAACUUUUGUUAAAAAAUAUCAGUCUUUGGACAUAUUAAUUCUUAGUAUAUUUCAUUGUGCCAACUGGCUUCGGCCUUAUUCGUGAAAAGGUAUUUACAAAACAAUUUUAAUAGUAUUUCAGUUUAUGAGAAUACAUAUACGAAAGAAACUGAAUAAAUAAAUGAAAGCCCAAUGGAAAACACUUGAACACAUCGCCAUAUUUUCAAUGAAUAUUAAAUUACUCAUGUCCGAGAUUGCUAUACUCUACUGCGAGGGUUGCUCUUUUGCGCUUAGAGUUGCCAUGUGUGUGACGUCAGCUGCCUAACCUUAAAAUAAAGUUGUUGUUUUUUUUAAUUUUUUUUAUUCAGACCUGUCCGCUGAAUACACAUAUAUAUGGAAAGAGGAGAGGUAAUUUUUUUUUUUUAAAUUGAAAUCUACAUGCCGCCGGAUGCAGGUCGAAUUUCGGUACACCUGCAAUGAAAUGAAUAUCGUUUUUAUUAUUAUUAUUAAAAAUCGUUUAAAAUGGUCAAUGAAACUAAUAGAAAGUUCUAAUUUGAAUAAAUAGAAAUUCACCUUCGCCCUCAAAGCCCGGACAGUUUAUUAGUUGAAUUUGGUUUAUUUGAUUAUGACAAGACGGCCAAACAAAUCGGUCAUUCACCCGUCUCAUCAUUAAAAACGUGGCCCAGAGUGCAUCACAGGGGGCUAUCGAAUUAUCUACGCGAGAGACGAAGGUCAGUGUCAUUUGCCGAAGUAAUUUAAUUGUUUCAAUAAACAAAAUACAAUAUGGCAGUUAGGAACAAAGCAUUUAAUUUAACUGUGGUCAACAGGUAACGUUAACUCAACUAUCUUUCUGUAGAAAAUUGUUUGGCACGUGGUAUCAUAUAACGAGAAAUAUCCCUUUAAACUUUAAAAGCAAGCAAUACUAAAAUAUAAUCUUUUGUGAGGAUAUAAAAUGACAAACUUGUAUUAGUCGUAGAAUAUUUAGAAGCUUUUCUGUGAAAGCUAUUUGACCUGAUUGGAACAAGAGUGAAAUGCUGUGCCAAUCAUUAAAAUGUGACAUGGAGGCAAAAUGGCGCCAAACGAUUAAUUUAUUGCAAGACCGCUGAUUUGUAAAAAUAGGGUAUGUAAAAGCUAGACGUUCCCGUUCUAUUUUAACCCAAAGGUCUGUUAAACAGAAGUGACGUCAGAUUUCAUGGUGGCGCUUUGCGACUUGAGUUUUUGUAUAGUUGGAAAAGAAAAGAAAAUUCUAGGUUUAUACAUUUCUCGAUAUUUUUUUUCCACCUCUGUGCCUUUACAAAAUUUUCAUUUUUUUAUACUGUAUCGAACUGCGUCAGUUAGAUAUGUGAAACGUUUUCUGAUUAUAACGAAUCACUUUCAGUGCAUGUUUGUGUUGUUCAUCAGCAUUGUAUAGUAUUAACUGAGAAAAACAAAAUAUCUGCUCAAUUGUUAUUAUCAACAUCAAAUAAAUCUUAAUGUUGAUAUGUGUGUUUUUAGUUUAUACAACUUCAUUUAGAACUAAUGUUCUGCAGACAGUUCAUGUAUUUAUUAAUAACUGUUGUAUUAUACAUAAAAUAAAUCAUUUUAAUUUUU